AUGUCUGCUGCGGAUGCCACGGCGGCAUCCAAACUGGCGUCAUACCUGGCACGACUGAGCCCAGUUCCGGCAUUCCCAGAGUACACCGGACCAUACAAGGUUGGCACCGUCGACGUCGAAAUCCCCGUCAAGGACCUCUGCUCUCCGAGUCCUGCGCCGGCCAACGCCUCCGAUAUUCCAACGGUUCAAUUUCGAGUGUUUUAUCCUGCCGUCUCCGAAUCUAACGAGAAACGCAUUACCUGGUUGCCGAACCCGCAGAGACACCAUGUUUCCGCCUACACCAAGUUUGUCGGCAUUGGCCCUACCAUGGCAGACAUUCUCUCGUUCUUGCCUCGUCACCUUCACUACACAACGAUUCCAGCACAUAAAAAUGCCGAAGCUGCCGAACCCGAAUCGAAACGAUGGCCGACCAUGAUCUUCUCGCACGGGCUUGGAGGUGGCCGAAACUCGUAUUCCUACAUAGCUGGAUCACUCGCAUCACACGGCGUGGUGGUGUUUUGCCCAGAACAUCGCGAUGGCAGUGCUGUGGUGUCAUUUAUUCGACUCGCCGACCAAGCCAGUCGCUUCUUUUCGUCUCAAGCUCGUCGCGUCGUCCCGUAUAACCGCAUCGCACACGAAGUCACCCCGGAAGUCUACGAGGCCCGAGAGGACCAGUUGAGAAUACGACUCUGGGAGCUUGGGCUUAUCCACGACGCUAUACUGGCGAUUGACCAAGACAGGAAAUUCACUAACAUGAACUUGACGACUCCAACGCUAAAGCAGUUUGUCGGUCGCCUUGAUGUCCACGAACCAGGUCACAUCAUCUUUGGCGGGCAUAGCUUUGGUGCCGCAACCGUUCAUCAGUUCCUCAAGUGCAACUAUUAUGCCGACGACCCCAAGAUUGCGAAUAUGAAGAAGCCGCUAUUCACACCUGCCAAGGAUAGCAACAUCCGGAAGCAGAUUACGGAAAAGAACGUCACGAUGCUUCUCGAUAUGUGGUGCCUACCUUUGCUUGGGCCAAACUCGAAGCCUCUCCAUAACCUUCCAUUACCGGUGUACGCAGAUGUUCCAUCGGCACCAGGAGGAACGGCGCUUCUAGCUGUUGAAUCUGAAACCUUCCACAACUGGACUGAGCAUCUCCAUGUCAAGGCCAAGCUUCUAUCUCCAGACCCGACUUCCAAGACGGUUACGCCACAGCUCUUCGAGCGACCUAGCGGCAUCAAGCUGCCAGAACCCAACUUUUUCUAUGUUGUCAACUCGGCCCACUUGAGCCAAUCCGACUUUGGGAUUCUCUUCCCUUGGUUGACCAAGAAGAUUUUUGACGCUGAACAACCGGAGCGCGCCUUGCGUUUGAAUCUGCGAGCCCAGCUACAAUUAUUCCGUGCCAACGGCAUUCCAGUGUCUCGCACCUACGCUGGUGAUCUUGUCGACGGGGCUCAUGUAGACAAGCUGAGCAGCACGAAGCAGGGCGAACCUCCAUCGACCACGGAAGGAAUCGAGGAUGACAGAGCCAUUUUUGAUAGGAGUGGUACCGAGUCAGUCGGCCACUGGAAAUGGAUCGACAUGAUUGGCUUGGGUGACUUUGUUGGCAAGAAUUUCGGCAAAACAGUAGAAGAGCAGGUGGAGGAGGGCGAAGAGCAGAUGCAAAACGAGCUGGAACCAAGUGAGAAUGCAGCUAUCAAGCCGGUGGCGCAAACUCUGAGCGCCGCUGCAGCAUGA